AUGACUACUCCGAAGAGAAGACAGACUUUGCAAGGACAAGUAACAACAACCAAUAAAUCUUCCAAAACUAAAAUAACGAGGAGUACCAUAAGUUCUCCAAUGUCUUCAGGACCCCCUUCACCCGUCAAAAUGCAUAUGAAAAGUAAAUCACUAACAUUACGUGGUUCACCAAAGAAAGAUUUAAACUCCGAGAAUUCAUCAGAAUUUUUAUUUGAUGAGAAAGAUACGGCAACAACGGCAACGACGGAAUCUAUUGCGUCACCGGUUCAAUCCGACAAAACUAAUCCCGAAGAAUCUGACCCAAAUUCAGCUAGUAUUAUUACAUCACCGACACAAUCAUUAGAAAAUCAUGAAUCAAUAGAACAAGCAAUAAAAACAUUAGAAGAAAAAAUAAAAUUAGAUCAACAUGAGCAUGCUAUACGUAUUUUAUUACGUCAAUUACAACAACCUGAAUAUAAGAAUGAAACGGUUGAUGAUGAUUCUUCUACCGUCUCAAAAAAGAAGCCAGUUCGAACAAACAAAUUGGCCGGUACAUUUCCAAAAUCAAGACCCCAAUCUGGAUUUUAUUCAUACAAUAAUAAUUCACAAAGAUCACAAACAAUUAUUGAACGUAAAACUCCAAUUGUCUCUACUUUACCUGCGAAAAAUCUUUGUACUUGUAGAGAUCCUGAUAGUUUUUGGUGUCGAGUUAAUACGGAAUUCGCUGUGGCUGAACAGUGGCGUAUUAGAAGACACUCACCUGCAACAACUGAAGUAAUUCAUCAAAAAGCUAAAUAUACAAGUCAACUUUUUGAUUUUCGUGAAUUGAAUAUUCCUGACAUGGAAGAGGUGGCUUGUGAAAUAUCACAUUCUGAGCAUGCUCAAUCUCAGCAACCUGCCGCUGAAAGUAAUAACCCUCCUAAUCAUGAUACUAUAAAUCAGAAAACUCCGUCAAAGGAACAUGUUGAAAUUGAAUUCUAA